AACAAAUUGGUAAACAUGGCGAGCCUCGCAGAUGUCGGAUGGAAACUUAUGGAAUUUAAAGCCCGAUCCAAAAGAUCAGAUUUGUGAUUUUUCUUGGAGACGAAUGUUAAUUUCACCCUUUUGAGCAUGGCUGAAAAAGUGGCCACAAAUGCACGGGCCCAUCGCAAAGUCCGCAGAAUUGGCUCCAUUUAUGAACCACUGAAGCUGUCCAUUCUGCAGCGUGAUUAUGAGCCCUUGUGGGAAAAGUUGGAUCGCUAUUACAGUGCUGUUAAAACGACUAUUCUGAACUACCAGAGUCCUACUACAGGCCUGUUCCCUGUGAAAACAUGCUCCACCUGCAAAGAAGCCAAGGUGCGGGACUCGCUGUACUGCGCUGCUGGGGCAUGGGCUCUGGCAUUGGCCUACAGACGUAUCGAUGACGACAUGGGGAGGACUCACGAGCUGGAGCACUCUGCUAUCAAAUGCAUGCGAGGGAUUCUCUACUGCUACAUGAGGCAGGCUGAUAAGGUGGAGCAGUUUAAACAGGAUCCCAGCCCCUCUACAUGUCUCCACUCAGUCUUCAAUGUGGACACCGGAGAUGAGGUCCACACCUAUGACAAUUACCACCACCUACAGAUUGAUGCCGUGUCCCUGUUCCUGCUUUACCUGGUGGAGAUGAUAUGCUCGGGUCUGCAGAUCAUUUACAACACUGAUGAGGUAUCUUUUAUCCAAAACCUGGUGUUCUGUGUGGAGAGGGCCUACCGUGUUCCAGACUUUGGCAUGUGGGAGCGGGGCAGCAAGUACAACAAUGGCAGCACCGAGCUUCAUUCCAGCUCCGUGGGGCUGGCUAAAGCUGCUCUGGAGGCCAUCAAUGGAUUCAACUUGUUUGGCAACCAGGGCUGCUCGUGGUCGGUGAUAUUUGUGGAUUUGGACGCCCACAACAGGAACCGACAAACACUCUGCUCCUUGUUGCCCCGGGAGUCACGCUCUCAUAACACAGAUGCUGCUUUGCUUUCGACAAUCAGCUACCCUGCCUUUGCAGUAGACGAUGAUGCACUUUACAGUCAAACACUGGAUAAGAUUGUUCGAAAGCUGCGGGGCAAGUACGGUUUCAAGAGAUUCCUUCGGGAUGGUUACCGCACUGCCAAUGAGGACAAGAACCGGCGCUACUACAAACCUGCUGAGAUGAAGCUUUUUGAUGGAAUCGAGUGCGAAUUUCCCAUAUUUUUCAUCUACAUGAUGAUUGACGGUGUCUUCAGAGGCAACAAGGCCCAAGUCAAAGAAUACCAGGAGCUGCUAGACCCUAUCAUCUUCCACUCAAACGAAGGCCACUCUAUCAUCCCCAAGUAUUACUAUGUCCCGGCGGACUUUGUGGAGGCAGAACAAAACAAACAUGGCAGCCAGAAGCGUUUCCCUAGCAACUGUGGACGUGACGGAAAGGUCUUCCUGUGGGGUCAAGCGCUGUUCAACAUCGCCAAACUGCUGGUGGAUGAGCUAAUUAGCCCAAAAGAUAUCGACCCCAUUCACCGCUACGUGCCACGGCAGGAUCAGCGCAACGUCAGCAUGAGAUACUCCAAUCAGGGCCCUAUAGAAAAUGAUGUGGUGAUUCACGUUGCUUUGAUCGCCGAGAGCCAAAGACUGCAGGUAUUUCUGAACACUUAUGGCAUCCAGACCCAGACGCCCCAGCAGGUGGAGCCCAUACAGAUCUGGCCCCAGAAGGAACUGGUCAAGGCAUAUCGUUUCUUGGCGGUCAAUAACAAGCUGGGACUGAGUGGGCGUCCUGAAAGGCCCGUGGGUUGCAUAGGUACCUGCAAGAUUUAUCGCAUCCUGGGUAAGACGGUGGUGUGCUACCCAAUAGUCUUUGAUCUGAGUGACUUCUACUUGUCCCAGGAUGUUAUGUUGCUGAUUGAUGACAUUAAGAACGCCUUACAGUUCAUCAAACAGUACUGGAAAAUGCCGGGGCGUCCCUUGUUCCUGGUCCUCAUCCGCGAAGAUAACAUCAAGGGAAGUCGCUUUAAUCCUGUCCUGGACAUGCUGGCGUCCUUCAAGAAGGGGGUCAUUGGUGGGGUCAAAGUUCACGCUGACAGAUUGCAGACCUUGAUAUCUGGAGCAGUGGUGGAGCAGCUGGAUUUCCUACGGGUCAAUGAAGCAGAGAUCCCAGAGUUUAAAAGCUUUGAGGAGUUGGAGUUGCCUAAACACUCCAAGGUGAAGAGACAGACGAGUACCCCCAAUGUGUCCGAUCUGGAGCAGCAGCCUGAGAUCAACGUGGAAGAAUGGAUGCAUAAACCCACUCCCGAGAUUCUACAGAAGUUCCAUGAUUGUGACUGCUUAGCCAGUCAGGCUCAGCUUGCUGGAUUACUCCUUCAAAGAGAAGGCCCAGGCUUUCUUGCCAAAGAUGUGGGGCUGAUGGAUGAGCUGGAAAGGAUCUACAGGAGAGCUGGCAGCAGAAAACUUUGGUCUGUUGUCCGCCUUGCUGCCAGUCUCUUAACUAAGCUAGUGGACAGCCUUGCCCCCAGUAUUACUAGUAUAUUAGUGCAUGGCAAGCAGGUGACCCUGGGCUUAUUUGGCCAUGAAGAGGAGGUGAUUUCUAACCCAUUGUCACCAGGAGUGAUCCAGGGCAUCAUCUACAGCAAAUGCUCCCCUCACGGCGGCCAAAGAGAGGCCGUUCUUCAGCAAGAACUAGUCAUACACAUCGGAUGGAUCAUUUCUAACAACCCUGAGCUAUUCAGCGGCAUGCUCAAGAUCAGGGUCGGGUGGAUAGUCCAGGCCAUGAAACACGAGCUGAAGAUUCGAGCAGGAGACAUGCCUCCACAAGACAUCUACCAACUGUCCCCCAGUGACAUCAAGCAGCUGUUGCUGGACGUGCUGCAGCCACAGCACAGGGGCAGGCCGUGGCUGAACAGGCGCCAGAUAGAUGGCUCUUUGAACAGAGUGCCCCUGGGCUUUUAUGACCGCGUGUGGCAGAUCCUGGAGAGGACUACCAACGGGAUCGUGGUGGCUGGGACCCACCUCCCCCAGCAACCCACCCUGUCGGACAUGACCAUGUACGAGAUGAACUUCUCUUUGCUGGUGGAAGACACUCUAAAGAACAUUGUCUUGCCUGAGUACAGACAGAUAAUAGUUGAGCUUCUGAUGGUGGUUUCAGUGAUACUGGAGAGAAACCCUGAGCUCGAAUUCACUGAAAAAGUUGAUCUGGACGGUCUGGUGAAAGAAGCAUUUAACGACUUCCAGAAGGACCGCAGUCGCUUCGAAGGCAUUGAAAAACAGGACAGCAUGGAGGCCUUUUAUAACAUGCCCGCAGUGGGACAGAGAGGCACCUCCAGCUACCUGACCAAGGCCGUCAUGAUCCAGUUACUGCAAGGCGAUGUGAAGCCCUGCAAGGACGACCCAUGCACUAUUAGCUAGAUUUACUGCGCACUGACCCCUAAUCUCAGCCUGCUGCAGCGGUGGAGUCAUCAGACAGCCCAGUGAGGAUACAUAUAUUUAGAAGAUAACCUCCAACCUCUGCUUCCUCCAAGUUUGAUUUUAUUUCCCUACUAUUUCAACAAAAAGUACUAGCCAUGUGUUGUUUUUGUUGUUACAUUUGUAAGUCGCCUUUGUUGUUUAAAUAGGGUCUGAUUUACUUGACUUUUAAGUUUAAAGAGGGGUUAUGCAAAAUACAUUUUUUUGAGCCUAACAAAACAUGCCUGAAGAGGUUUUAGAUGUCAUCCAUGCACGUUUGAGCAUUUUAGCGAUCACUCCUGGACACUAUUCUAACCCUACUUAGGGUUAGCUGUAAGAUUUUGUCCAAUGCUCAGCCUAUAAUUUUACAUCAUCCAUUCUCCCACAUGACAAUUCUCCAUAAAAAUACAAAAACAUGAUACAAAAGGGAGAGUGACUUGGUGACAUAUAAAAUAUCUUCUGCGUUUUCAUUUUCAAAACAAUAAAAGUUAACAUGGUGACCUAAAUAUUUUAUGUGUUAGCAGUUAAUACCCUACAGAAGUGUAAUACCCCUCUUUAAUUAAAGACUACUGUUGCAAAUACAUGGUUACUUUAAAUUGUAGCACAGCAAUAACAACAUGUACCUACAGCAACGUUUCUGCCAUCCCAUGUGUAAUAUUUAAAUACAAAUUGAUGCAGUUUGACUGAACUAGGCGCCUACUACUAAUAAUGCUCUUAAUUUCAAAAGCAUUUUUAGUCACCCUCAAUUAGUACAGGUCAGUGUUUAGCUUGUUUAUUUUAGCUAAAAAUGCAGACUCAUUAUUCAGCGCUGCGGUUGCCAGGUUCAAUGUCUAACACUGUAUGAGCAGUACUAGCAAUCAGCUCUGUGGCUCAGAGGACCUCAAGUGAGCGUACAUUGCCUGAAAUAGAAAGGUUUAAUAUUCAUAGCAUGAGUCAUUCUUGUACGUGCUAAGUAUCGUGUUUGAACAGCGGAUUUAUAGGUAAUGUUUGAAAAUAGCUGAUAACACGUACACAUGUCCAGUUUAAAUGUAUGUAUUAAAAAGUGCGCUAUGCAACUUUUUGUAUCCGUGGAGAUUUGAAUGCUUUGCCUGGAAUGUUCCACUGUAUAGCAUUAACCAUUUCUUUCUAGCAUUUAUUUAAUUAUGACUGUUUAUUAGUCAAAAAUACUUAAAAACUUGCAUUGUCACUUCUCCACGUAUUUGACCCGUUGCUUGGUCUGAUGCUGAAGCGGCCUCAUGUGUCUCCAAGGAGAUGCAUAAUUUUAAAGCCAUACUGUGUGACAUUCCGUGCAAACAAGUGGCUAACUAACCCUUCCACCAGGAAAGGUUACAUAGCGCAGCUUUAAAAAUAAUGCCGUGCGAGGCUAGAUUUGCGGCUGUGCAUGAUAGUGACUUGGCUACUGCUUAUGACGACUGAAAAGAGGUGAAAGAGAGAAAAGAAGAGAAAAAAGAUGUUACAGUUACAGUGUGAAUGUGUGAAUGUACAUGUCAGAAUAUAAACCGUUCAUUCAUCACUGAUUGCAUCUUGACUAUUGUGUGUGUCAAGGAAUAUUUUUAACUAAAAUAAUAAAGUUAUGCAUACAAAUGA